AUUUUAACUUCAGCACCUUUUAUGACCACAACAAAAAUGUGAAGUUGCCUCCAUCAUCUGAGGUUUCUAAGUUUCAGGCAUUCCUGGUCUGUCUGUUAGACAAAAGUCACUGAAAGGAACAAUGAGAGUCUGUGUGAUGCUCAUUAACAUCCGAAACAGAGGAGAAAAAGCCUGCGUACACAUCCAACACUUGUCAGAUGACCCUGAUCGGUGUGUUUCUCCACUGCAACCAGAGCAGAAGAAAACAAGAUGACUGCAUGGACUUUUUCUGGAUGUCCUUUGAAAUUGAGGAAGAAGGCUGAAGACUAAGGAAAAAGGUGAAAUCCACAAUGAACUGUAUUGCUGUGCUGGUGAUUUCCGCCGGUUUCUUCUCUUGGAACUCUGCCAAAUACCACCACCAUAAUCAAGACAAGGACAAAGAGCUAAAAUACCUCUUGGAACCUCUGGUAUAUGCUGAGGUCACUGCUCGCCGUGGAAACACAGUUGUUUUGCCAUGUGUGAUGAGAUUCAAACCAUCGCACUACAGAGUAAAGUGGACUAAAGUUGAGCCCGCUAGUAAAGGAUUGGAAAACAUAGUGCUUAUAACAAACGGACAAGCAGAUAAGCAGUAUGGCUCAGUCGGGCCUCGGGCGUCUCUCCUGCGUGCACAUAACCUGGAUGUUUCUCUGCAUCUUACUGACCUGGAGCUGGAAGAUGAUGGCAGCUACCGCUGUGAACUGAUCAAUGGAAUUGAGGGUGAAAGUGUCAUUAUUACUCUGAGAAUUGAAGGAGUUGUAUUUCCUUAUCAGAGCCACAAUGGUCGGUACAGAUUUACAUUCUUUGAUGCAAAAGAAGCUUGUGCUGAACAGGAUGCCACACUUGCCUCUUACAAGCAGCUUUACAGGGCCUGGACUGAAGGGUUGGACUGGUGCAAUGCUGGAUGGCUGAGCGAUGGAACUGUCAAUUACCCAGUCCUGCGACCACGGCCGGCUUGUGGAGGGGAUCUUCUUUCAGGCAUCCGAAGUUACGGGCCCCGUCACAAAACACGGGACCACUAUGAUGCUUUCUGCUUCACCUCCACCACUAAGGGCUCUGUGUUCUUCAUUCCGGGGCCAUUCACUUCUGCCGAGGCUGAACGUGCCUGCAGACGGGAUGGUGCCAGUCUAGCGAAGGUUGGUCAGAUCUACUCAUCUUGGAAGUUUCAGCAGCUUGACCAAUGUGAUGGAGGCUGGCUGCAGGAUGGCAGUGUACGAUUCCCUAUCAUCAAACCAAGGGAGCGCUGUGGAGGCAUUGCAGAACCAGGGGUUCAUAGCUUAGAGUAUCUCAGCAAAAGUUUGCAGCUUUAUGGGGCUUAUUGCUACAGAUAACUGCUCCAUGUUUUGCUGCCUGGUAAAUUUCUGCUACAGAAUGUCUGCACAUACAUGGCACACUGGUCUAAAGGUGAAGUCCCUAAAGAGGUGCCGAAUGUUUCCUUCAUUUGCGGAAAAUAACGGUAUGAGCAUCACUAGAGGCUUUCUGCAGUGUAGAGCUGCAGGAAAGGGAAUGUAUGAGCUACAGUUAGCGUUUUGGGUUAAGGCUAGCAUUCACAUCCAUCAUCAGUUCAUUUACUAAGCUUUUUUUUUAAAGCAAAAAUGUUUGGGUCCUGCUGGGAAUACAUCACUUUCAAAUUAAGUGUGGAUUGACACAAAGGCUUUACUCCUCCUUGAAUAGCUGCUACUGUAGCUUGAAAUGCUAACUCAAUAGCUUUGUAUGAGGCGCCAUGUAGAAUUUAAAUCAAACUUCGCUUAUCAAUAUAUAUAUAAAACACGUGCAUAUUCACAUAUAAAUUACUCACAUAUACAUGCAUACUACUGGAUGUUCAAAAUACAUAUAUAAAAUACAUGUGAACACUAAUAUGAAAUCAAUACCAAUACAUGUUAGCAAUGAAUGCAUACACACUUGUGAAUAACUUGCGUAUAUAAACUUGACGCGUGCAUACACCUACAGACACUCACACAUACAUAUAAACUUGAUCCGUGCGUACACACCUAUUAAACAUUCGCACAUACAUAUAAACUCGCUGCAUACAAACACACCUGCACAUACUCGCACAUACACAUAAACUUGAUCCCUGCAUACACCUAUUAAACACUUGCACAUACAUAUAAACUCGAUGCGCGCAUACACAUCCAUAAAACACUCGCGCAUACAUAAAAAAUAACAUUUACUAACGUAUACAGUUCAGAUGAGAAAAA